GGAAAGCAGAGCAGAAGGCACGCUUUCAGUUGGACAUCGACAGCAGGCAGCAGGGAAGGGAUGAUAAUGUACGACUUACUUUGAUUUUCACAAUACUUGGCACUCCGCUAUGCUUGAAGAUUUUUCUUAUGAGCUGGACGCCUGAAUGUGUAGCCCUGUGCAAUGACUCUUAACGGAACUACCCUCGAGCUUUCUACCCUGGAACCACAAUGGCGUCUGUUGCAAGAAUGUUGACAUUGAACGUAAAUUGUAGAUUUUCAAUAUUUAGGCAUCUUAGUUUCGUUUUCAUUGUAAUAUUAUUUACUUUAGGAUCACAAAAUUAUUUUGCCGAGACUGCGCAUCUCAGCGGAACCUGGAACACACGAGAGUUCUAUAGGUUUCUUAUUAAAUUCGGGUUCCAAAAGACAGACAUUCACCAAGAAAAUGAUGGCUAUAUAUAUGGGAAUGUCACUGCUAAAGGAAACCUUAAUCAGAAAGCCACCCUGGCAGUUUUAGAUAGAGGAUAUUUUUUAGAAUACUAUGGCAACCGCACAGUUGCAAAUAAAAGUAAAGCCUGUGCUUUAAUGUUUGACAAGAUCAAGACAACAGCAUACGACUCUGUUUGUUUCGACACUGGUGAAUUAGAUUUCCUAAGGAAAAUACCAUGUACAAAAGGGAAAAUUUGUGAAGAUGAAGACAAGCCUGCCUUUGUUCUUCCCAACUAUCAAUUUAUGUAUAGAAUCCGUGAUAUACGGCAACCAAGGUUUUGGUACAUAAGUAUGGUUGCUUGUUAUCGAGACCCUAAAACAUGUAAAUGGAAACAUUUGGAUGAAGAAGCGGAAAUAGAUUAUGACAUUUGGUUUGUUAAUGGCAAUCCUAAUGUGUCUGGAAACAACCCUGUUCUUUAUCAAUUUUCCUUCGACCAGCAGGACACUGUGGAACUCUAUUUGGUUUUCUUCUUGUGUUACGUUGUAUUAGUUCCACUUCAACUUUAUGCUGCCCUUCAGCAACGCCAUCCUGUUACUCGAUUGUUCACUGUCAGCCUUCUUAUGGAAUUCAUUGGCCUUGUGUUCAAUCUUUUCCAUGUCUUGAAGUUUGCUAUAGAUGGAGUAGGCUUUGAGCAAGUGGCUGUGGCAGGAGAUGUAUUUGAUAUUCUUUCAAGGACUACUCUCAUGCUGUUACUGUUACUCCUUGCUAAAGGUUGGGCAAUAACUCGUCUGGAAUUGACACACAAGCCUUUAGUAUUCACAAUAUGGUUUAUUUAUGGUGUUGUCCAUGUUUUGUUGUAUGUUUGGAAUAUGACUGAAGUGGACAUCAUUGAGGAUAUAGAUGAGUAUCAGACGUGGCCAGGCUGGCUUAUUUUAAUCUUGCGCUGGGUCAUCAUGAUAUGGUUUCUGCUCGAGCUGAGAAAUACAAUGUAUUAUGAGCACAAUGUCCAUAAGCUACAUUUCUUCCUACAUUUUGGUGCCUCUGCUCUAGUCUGGUUCAUCUAUUUACCUAUCAUUGCCCUCAUAGCUCUUCGAGUAUCUGCACUUUGGAGGUUUAAGUUGUUACUUGGCAUUACAUAUUCUGCUGAUUGCUUGGCUUACUGUGUAAUGACACAUCUGUUGUGGCCAACUCGUAGUGAACAAUACUUUCUUCUAGCAAAUGAAACAUUUCAUGCAGAUGAAUUGGAUGAGUUUAAUGAAUCACCUCAUGUUGUGAACACCUAUCGAAUGAACUCUGAAGAGCCUCCAGAUUUAAGUGACAGUGCCUCUAAUUAUAACAACUACACCUCAGUUAACAGUAACAAUAGUAACAUUGAUGAUGAUGCAGAUUACUCUAAGCCAAUUCUUACAUGAUGUUUUUACUAGAUUUUAUGAUGUACAGAGAUUUAUGACAAGCUAGUGCCAUUAGGGUUGAGAUGUAUUGGUGAAAUGAGAAUGGAAUCGGUUCCAUAGCCUAUGCUUUCAUAUUCUCAAAAUGUUUUGGGGUUUUUCAUAUUGUCAAUUUUAUUGAUUAUCCAUAGAAUUUAUAACAUGUUUUUGACGUUUUCUAUUUUUAAAUGUUACAAAUGUUUGUGAGUUUUUGAUGGAAAAACUUCUUGAACUUUGUUCUCUUUCUCUAAGUUACAUUCUAUCUGAUUAAUUCAGAAAGAUUACGGUCCAUUUUCCUGCCAAGGUUUUGCAAAACAUACAACUUACUUAGUAAUUAAUGCUUUUGUUUUUUGUUCUUUAAGUUUGUGAUUUGAUGAAUCCUCCCUUCUUUGGGGAGGAUGUCAACUUUUGCUGUGAUGUGCAGUACAUGCAUAUUUUAGUUCAAUUUUGCUGUAUGGGAUUGAUUUAUAAAGAUGUUUGAUCAACUGAUCUGCAUCUGCACUUUGAAUGAUGCAAAGUGAUCAGUGAGCAGUGUAACAGGUCAGCCUGAUGAUCUAAGCGGAAGUUGAUCGUGCUGUCUAGCUGAUUUGCUACCCCUAGUUUUACCUUCAGUGCCGGAGUUUUCCAUGGUAAAUUAAUUGAAACAAUAUCUGCUGAAUAGUAGUGUGAGUGUGAAAAUUUGUUUUCAAUUUAAGUACUGUAAUGUUAAAUUAAGGAUAUGUUGUUUUUAUGAUUCUUUUCAUCUUCUGUUUAUGCUAAGAAUACGUACAUGCUCAUUUUUUUGAUAGGAUUUGUGAUACAUUAGUCUACUUCUUUGUGAACAAAAUGUUUCUCCUCUUAUGAGGGUUGCUACUUGUUUUCAAAGAGAAUCAAAUUUUUUUUUUAUUACGGUAUGCCAUCACUGAUUUAUUAGUGCUAUACCAAUUGUUCUUAGUAUUAAUUGUGAGCUCAGUAUUAUCAUCUCUCUCUGAACGAACCUGAAAUAUUAAGGUGUUAUUUGAAUUUUGUAUUGAACCCUUUAGGGUCCUUACUUGCCAAACUCCUGUAACAUGCAUAAGUAGUAUAUGCAGACCUUAAAUGCUGUCCUAUUUGAGAGAUUUAGUUGACAUGUUUGCAAGAAUGUGACUAUCUGAAAGUCACAAACCCAUUUCAGAUGGAAAGCCUAAAUACUCCGGCGCGAUAUUUUUUUUUGAAGUAAAAAGUGAUGAUUUGUUAAGAAUGUUUUUUUAAUAAAUAUUUUCAGAUUUCUAGUAUCUGUUUUAUAGGCAUAGACGUUUUAAGACAUCUGUUAAUUGUUUCUAUGUAGGUACAACAUUCUCUCUUAGUACGAAAUUAGGUUGCUUCCAAUAUUGUUUUCUAGGUUAUUUUUGUUAUUUUUUUCUUUUACUUGAAAACGGUAUUCUUACAGUCUGUUUUGCCAUCUUACACAAAAAAGUGAAAUUAUCAAAAUGUUACAUUGCUAGUCAUGUUAAAUUAUGUUCUCCUCUCUAGUCACUUUUGAACACUUUGGUAAAACAAAAUUACACAUUCCAGUUUAGUGGUAAUUUGAUAUCUUGUAAAACAUUUGUCUGGCACAUUUGUUUUGAUGGUGUCCCCCACAAGGACAAAGUCAGUUGUUGGGUUGUGUCCUGGAGGAGUCCUGGUAUCUUGUACUGGUGUUUUGUUGUGCCCUCUUAUACAAUAAAAUUAUUUGAAAUAUGCAAA